AUGAGCGCCCCGGGCGUCGCGGGGCCCCUGGACCCCUUCGCCUUCCCCGCGAAUACCACUUCCCCCUUCUUCACCCGCCAAACCAACCUCACAACCCACCACGCCCAGCUCACCAAGUGGUCCUCCCUCGUCCUCGCCUUUUGCCGCCACCACCGCCUCCACCGCAUCUCCCUCUCCCAAUCCCAGAGCCAACCGCCCUCCUCCUCCUCCCUGUCAACGACGACGACGGCGACGACGACGACGGGCUCUGCGCAGCCCGCCCCCGAAGCCAUCCUGUUCCACAACCCCGCCAUCAACCGCCGCCUCUCCCUCGCCGAUAUCCGCGAGGUCCUCGAGUUUAUGCGCAAGGGCCGCGCGGACCCGUAUGUCUCCGCGUCCGGUUCCGGUGCCGGCUCCUCCUCUGGCGCCGCGGCUGCUGGCGACGCCACCCGCGACGUGUGGUGGGUCUUUUGGCGGACUCCCGAAGAGUGGGCUGCCCUCGUCGAGAAGUGGGUGGACGACACCGCGCAGAGGGGCACGGUCUUGACCGUGUACGAACUGACGGAGGGCGAGGCUUGUCGUGGCACGGAAUUCUACGGCCUCGACCGGGAGCUGAUGAUCAAGGCGCUUCAGAUCCUCGUCAAGAGGAACAAGGCCCAAAUCUUCGGCCAGGAGGACUCACAGGGUGUAAAGUUCUUUGCAUAA